AAUUCCUGUGCCCUGACCCUCUGUGUGUCCCCCCAGAGCCAGCUGAGCUACCCCCCGCCCUACGGCCAGUGGGGACAGUGGUACGGUGGCGCCCAGCUGGGCCAGUACGUGCCCAAYGGCUGGCAAGUGCCCACCUACGGUGUCUACGGCCAGGCCUGGAACCAGCAGGGCUUCGGGCAGAGCCAAUCAUCAGCGCCGUGGAUGGGCCCCGGCUACGGCGUGCAGGCGGCGCAGGGGCAGAACGGCGCCGUGGUGCCCCCCCAGCCCGGCUUCCGCGUGGGCUUCGAGACCCCCUGAGCCCCCCACACCCCAAAACCUCGGCUAUUUAUUACCACAGCCACCAGCUGGGAGGGGCCAAUCAUGGAACCAGCCCUCCCAGCCUCGAAAUUUUAACAAAAUCCCCUCCUUUUCCCCCCCCACAAAAAAUAAUCCCCCCAAAUGCUGGAUCGCCACCGCCGCCUUCUGCCGCCUUCGGUUUGUCCCCUCCUUUUUUUCGGGAUGUGUUUCUGAAAUCCGGGGGUUUUUGUAUUUUUUUGGAAACACGAAUUUGCAGGGACUUCGCUGCCUUAGCUGAGAAUCGGGGCAGGAAUUGCACAAGUCAUCCUUGAGGGGGUUUUUUCUUUUUUAUUUUUUUGCGAUUUUUUUCCGGGGGGGGAGUUUUCCCCUCGGAGAAAACAGAAACAGCUGGAAAAAACCCCAAAAGAAGCCAAAAGUGUGAGAAUCCUGGAGCUGCCAYGCCUUCAGCCUCACACCCUCUGUUUUAAAGGAGCCUCUUGGAAAAUCCCUCCGGCUUUUUGUUCUGCCGGGGGUGGUUUUAGUUUUCUGGUUUAUUUUGUUUUUAUUUUUYUGAAGAUAAAUCCUUCGUUUACAUCA